ACAUUUCAUCGAAAAAGAGGAAACUUUGUUGGAACGUUUAGCAUUAUUGGGUUGGGGAGGGCCUUCUCUUCUUUCACAUUUCCCCCCUCAUUUUCUGGUUUCUCUAUUACAACCUAUUAAUUUCUUUUAUAGGAUAAAAAUCCAAUUGAAAUUUGGUGGAUUAAGUCUUGUUUUGUUUUUCUGUAUUCUAUUAGUCUCGUAUUUUGGUUUCUUUUUUAUGGUUAUGUUGCUUCUUUUUCUGCAUUAUUCAACUUUAUAUUUGAUUGAAAUUGAAUGGAUUUUCAUUAAAAAAAAAAAACUGGGAAUGUUGCUUUCUUAGAUGAUGAUGUUAUUAGGGAAGGGAAACAGAGAGUGAGGCCUUUCCAUAAUAGGUAAAUAUAUUUGGAGUAGCAAUGGCUCCUGGAGGCAGUGCUUGCAAAGAAGUUGAAUCUUAUCCUGCCGUUGCGGAUUACGCCAUUGCUACAACAAAACCCGAGAGUAAUUCUAUGACGACAAAAAGUUCUUUUGGUUUUGUUGGAAAACAUGGAAUUCAGUCCAACAAUGGUGUUUAUGAGCUCCUUGAAUGUCCUGUAUGCAAAAACUUGAUGUACCCGCCAAUUCACCAGUGCCCAAAUGGACACACUUUGUGUUUGAAUUGCAAGAAUAGAGUGCACAACUGUUGUCCGUCAUGCCAGUAUGAUCUCGGAAAUAUAAGGUGUUUAGCUUUGGAGAGAUUUGCGGAAUCCUUGGAACUCCCUUGUAAAUAUCAUAGCCUAGGUUGCCAUGAAAUUCUCCCAUAUUACAGCAAGCUUAAGCACGAGCAACACUGUCGAUUUCGUCCUUACAAUUGCCCCUAUGCUGGUUCUGAUUGUUCCAUCACAGGUGACAUCCCAACCCUCAUUGCACAUCUCAAGGAUGAUCAUAAGGUCGACAUGCACGAUGGAUGUACCUUCAACCAUAGAUAUGUGAAAUUGAAUCCACAUGAAGUAGAAAAUGCCACAUGGAUGCUUACUGUGUUCAAAUGUUUUGGAAAACAAUUCUGCUUGCAUUUCGAGGCUUUCCAGAUGGGGAUGGCACCUGUCUAUAUGGCCUUUUUACGUUUUAUGGGUGAUGAUAGUGAAGCAAAAAAGUUCAGUUAUUGUUUGGAAGUUGGUGCCAACGGUCGUAAGCUAACAUGGCAGGGGAUUCCAAGGAGCAUUCGUGACAGUCAUCGGAAAGUUCGUGACAGUCAAGAUGGACUUGUUAUCCAAAGGAAUCUAGCUCUAUACUUUUCCGGUGGCGAUAGGCAAGAGCUGAAGUUGAGGGUAACUGGCCGUAUUUGGAAAGAAGCAUAAGAUAUGAACCCGUGGAGAAUUCAUGUGAUUUUGUACAGUUUUGAAAAUUUCUGAGUCUUUUUCGUGAAUAGAUGAAUCUUUUGGUUUUUUGUUUUUGUUAAUCCGAUCAUGGCUUUCUUCCGUAUUUGCGUAUCGUCCUAUUCGGCCGAAUGUUUAGUGUAGGAAAUGUUGGUUUACAUGACCAAACUUGGUUGCUUAAAGUUUAAUGCAACAUGUAUGCAAUGUUCCUUUUUUGGAUCCUUGAAAGUCUUACGCCAUCUUUUGGCUGUUAAAAGUUCUAUUUCGCUCUUUAAUCA